GGAGCGAGUGGAGACCAAGCCUCGCAGAGGCCUCGGACCCGCGCCGGGAGAGCCAUGGCUGCAAAGCUGCUGCUUCUCCUCUGCCUGUUCUCGGGCUUGCAUGCUCGGUCCAGGAGGGUGGAAGAGGAUGAGAAUGAAGAUUCUCCAUCGAACCAGAAGUGGGUCUUGGCACCCAAAUCACAAGACACUGAUGUGACACUGAUUCUCAACAAAUUGCUGAGAGAAUAUGACAAAAAGCUGAGACCGGACAUUGGAAUAAAGCCAACUGUGAUCGAUGUGGACAUUUAUGUUAACAGCAUUGGUCCUGUGUCAUCCAUAAACAUGGAAUACCAAAUUGAUAUAUUUUUUGCUCAGACCUGGACAGACAGUCGCCUUCGAUUCAACAGCACAAUGAAAAUACUUACUCUGAACAGCAACAUGGUGGGCUUGAUAUGGAUCCCAGACACCAUCUUUCGAAACUCAAAAACGGCCGAGGCUCACUGGAUCACCACACCCAACCAGCUCCUCAGAAUCUGGAAUGAUGGGAAAAUCCUUUACACAUUAAGGCUCACCAUCAAUGCAGAAUGUCAGCUGCAACUGCAUAACUUCCCCAUGGAUGCGCAUGCCUGCCCCUUGACCUUCUCUAGCUAUGGCUACCCCAAAGAAGAAAUGAUUUAUCGCUGGAGGAAAAAUUCAGUUGAGGCAGCUGAUCAGAAAUCAUGGCGGCUCUAUCAGUUUGACUUCAUGGGCCUCAGAAACACUACAGAAAUCGUGACAACAUCUGCAGGUGAUUAUGUUGUCAUGACUAUCUAUUUUGAACUGAGCAGAAGGAUGGGAUACUUCACUAUCCAGACAUACAUCCCCUGUAUUCUGACUGUAGUUCUGUCCUGGGUGUCAUUUUGGAUCAAAAAAGAUGCAACACCAGCAAGAACAACAUUGGGCAUCACCACGGUGCUAACCAUGACCACACUCAGCACCAUUGCCAGGAAGUCCCUGCCUCGGGUAUCCUACGUCACUGCCAUGGACCUCUUUGUGACCGUGUGCUUCUUGUUUGUCUUUGCCGCACUGAUGGAGUAUGCUACCCUCAACUACUAUUCAAGCUGUCGGAAGCCAACCAUCAGGAAGAAGAAGACAUCGUUAUUACAUCCAGAUUCCACAAGAUGGAUUCCUGAUCGAAUUAGCCUUCAAGCACCCUCUAAUUAUUCUCUCCUGGAUAUGAGGCCCCCACCACCUGUGAUGAUCACAUUAAACAAUUCCAUGUACUGGCAGGAAUUUGAGGACACCUGUGUCUAUGAGUGUCUGGAUGGCAAAGACUGCCAGAGCUUCUUCUGCUGCUACGAGGAGUGCAAGUCUGGCUCCUGGAGGAGAGGCCGCAUCCACAUUGACGUCUCUGAGCUGGACUCCUACUCUCGGGUCUUCUUCCCGACAUCCUUCCUGCUGUUCAACCUGGUCUAUUGGGUUGGAUACCUGUAUCUUUAAGUGCUGCUCUGGAGGAUGACUGAAGAGUACUUGAUUCAUGUUUAUUCCUUCCCCUCUCCCCAGACAAGUAGUGAGCAACCAAAAAGU